UGGCACCGGUGAUAAGGUGAACCUCAGUUCCACCACUCAUUCACCGUCAGAGACAUCAACACGUCAGGACAUCCCCCAAGUGUGAUACUUCAAUCAAUGGAGACAUGAAGUGUCUGCAGCUGCUGUUCCUGUGUUGGUGCUCCAACAUCCUGACUGUGACCAGCUGCAUCAGAGUUGAUGGAUACUCAUGUGUGAGUGCCUAUUGGAAUUCAAUUACUUGUGAUGUCAACAUCACUGGUAUUCCUGUGGGACAGACAAACACCAUCUUCAACCUGACAUUCACUGAAAUAGAUGGGGAUGGGAUGACUUACCACUGUCCACUUGUUGGGGGGAAUCACACUUUCAGUUGUGUCUGCAAUGUAACUAAGGACUCAGAGGAUGUUAACAGUGUUGUUUCCUAUAACAUAACACUUUGUCUCGAAUCUGACUGUCAUUGUUUAACAGAAGCAUUUCAUCCAUCACACAACAUUCAGCUGACACCACCGCAUAAACCUGAGGUCCAACAAACAACAGAGACUAUUAACAUCACCUGGACAAGUGGGUAUGAAAAUCACAAUUACAUCGAAAAAAUCCUUGAAUUCAUCCUCCUACUUCAAAGAUCUCAAAGCACUGAGAGCAAUGUCUUUCAUACUUCUUCAAAAACGACUUAUGUAUCGAUACCAAGGUCUAGACUUAAACCAGAUGCUACAUAUUGCAUUAAACUGAAAUCUAAAAUAGAUCACUUUUCAUACAAUGGAAUUUGGAGUAAAUGGAGUCCAUCAACAUGCUGGAAAACUGAAGCAGAAGAAGACACUUUCUCAGAACAAGACAACACAUUAUUCAUUUUGAUCAAAUCUCUGGUCCCGGUGUGUGUGGCGGUUGGAGUCAUGCUGUUUUUAUUCUACAGCCCCACUGCAAGGAUGAAGAUAAAAACAUUGUCCCACACACCAUCACCAGCCUCUUUCUUUCAACUACAUGGAGGCAAUCUCCAGGAAUGGCUUUCACCUAAAGGCAAAUUUGUGUUAGCAUACAGAACUGAGGAGAUUUUGACAACCGAUGAUGUGAUUGUUGUGCCGAAACCCAUUACAAAGGAGCCAGAGGAGAACGUUGACUUCCACGACCCUACAAUACAUCUGACCUUCACUCAGUGUCAAACCUCCUAUGUUGGUUUACCCGGUAUACAUGAGGCCUCCCCUCCUUUAACUAUGAUCUGUCCAGGGAACACGUCUUACACCCAGCUCCCUUCCUCUGUGUGGGGGGUUGGCAUUGGAGGGAUAGAAGUUGCCUCCUCUCCACCUGAAGAUUUCCUAAACAUCAGCUUUGCAGACUCUGGCUGUGAAGAUCCGACUCAGAGCCCAGAGUGCAGUUUACCAAACAGUCCUGUGAAGAACAUCCCACCACUUUGUAGUGAUUACUGCGUUCUCAACAAAACAGAAAAAGGCUUUGCUCCUGUUUUAGUCUCCAGAUGAAACAGCAAAUUGUUGAUGCUGAUUUCCUUGCAAGAUGAUGAGAACUAAAAAUAAGAAAUGUUCUUGUCGGAGAAACCAAAUGUGUCUGACUACAAUGGCUUUAUAUUGCAUUGCAGGAAAAGGUCAUUAUCAGUCUUGAUGCUUGUGUGCGUACACAUUUACUCUAGUGUUGCAGGUAUGUGUAUGUUUUUAUGGCUUGAAUUUCCUGCAACAUAGAUGACCCAGUUGAAUGUUAUUGUUUUAUAUAUCUCCCUCUGCCUUGGCUUACUUACAUAUGUUACACUUGACACAUUAGCAAUACUGAUCACAGAAUGUAAGGACUUGAAUGUGCAUGAUUUUACCAACAGAUUUCUGACUGUAAAUGUUUUUAUUUGCAUGUGAUUUUAUUUUAUCUUCACCUGUUAAAGAAAAUAAAUGAGGAGAAUAAAAUACAAAUGUAUUUCCUGGAAGAGGCCAGUGUAUACUGUUUGAAGAUAUAAUAUAUCUUUUUGGAGAUCAAUAAAUAAUAAUCUCAAUUAGUAUAUUUAUCAGUAUUUCUGGAGGAGCUUAUAUUGCAUAAUGUCUUUUUGAUAAUUGCUGGAGGGUGACCUUACAUUUCUGAGUUAUUCUGUUGAUUGUUUGGUGCAUGUAAUGCAAGACACAU